GCGGCGUUCCGGCACAGUUGUCUCCGAGCAAAGCUCCGGUGCGCAAGCGGUCUAAUCGGCAGAACCGAAACCUGUGUCGGUCGCUCACCAAGCCUGGCUGCAGUUUUGGGUUGUUUUGUUCCAGUCACUUGACCAGGAAGCCACCAGACAUUGUAACCCUGACUAUACCUACGUCGCACUCGCUGACUGUUUCCUGCUGUUUCUACUGCACCGAGUUCUUGGAGUUAACGAUGGCCACCGGAGUUCUAGUCAGCUACCCGUCCUCAGCGCUGCACGAAUCGCGACCCGCGGUCUUCAAGAAAGAUGUGUCCCUCCGGCACUCUAAGUCAGACCCCAUGCUGAUGGCAUUGUCGCACAACUCAAUGGCUUGCUGCUGGGACCAGAACAACUGCUGGGACCAGGACAACUGCUGGGACCAGGACAACUGCUGGGACAGCAUAGAGGAUUUGGCAGAGCAAGAGCUGCUGGCGCAAGGAGCCGAUGCAGUCACCUUGGAGGGCCUAAAGAGCCUCUACAACUGCUGCUUUACGUGCGGAGUGAGUUGGUCUGAGGACCAGGCUUCUCUGGAUUGUGCCGAGUGCGGGGGUUACGCCCUGCACCGGCCUUGUGUUCACUGCAAUGGCAGCUGCGGCGGAGCCUGGAGCCGAGACUUGGUUGCUUCCCACAAGCUGAGGCGUGCCCAGUGGAUCGGCGAGUGCAAGAAGGCACCCCGAGAUGCUGCGGUUGCACAGAACCAGGACUCCUGAGGACUCUGCUUCUUAGAGCGGCUCUCGAGAAACAGCACUUCCGUCGACUGUACAUAGAAAAGAGCUCGUCGCUCCAACCAUCGCACCUCCUCCAGCUCACCUCAAUCUGAGCCUAAACAUUGCCGCUGUGCGAACACGGCCACUACAUGUGUUUCGUCGGUACACUACCGGUGACUUUCCGGAACUCUGUGGUGCCCUCGCCGUGAGAAUUUGCUAGCCACGGAUUCAGAUGACACUGCGCUGUAUUGAAGCAUUUCAAAGUGCCUCUUCGCCCAGCAUCUACGACCACGGCACACUGCUUCUCGGUCCCGUCUGCAGUACCAACGCUGAUGGACCGUCUGCCGCAACUUGAGGAAGCAAAUGGACCCACGAACAGAAUACCCGUGGCAUCUGGAACAUUCCAAUGUGUGAAAACUUGAUGGCUGUCACUGAGGUGGACUGGGGGAAGCGGGUCAACGUGACUGGGAAAUAUUCUGUAUAUACGUACGUGAUUCUCGUUUCACACAUAUUUGUCCGUUCACGCGAUGUCCAGUAUUUUCUCCACUUGAAGUCUUCAUUACUGAAAAAAUGAUGGUGUCUUUCAAACCUGCAAACCAAAUUCCAUUAUUACCUACCUAUUCUUGCAGACAUUGGCAUAUUCACAAAUAUAUGAACCGUACGUCGCUUCCUAAGUUUAUCUGAAACCUGGUGUAAACUCUAUAGCGACGCACUGUGUAACAUUACCUUCAACCUCUCAUACGCUUUUUGCCUCUACUGCAUAGGCAAAUAGGUGUCGGUUGAAUUAUAACUACUGUCCGAACUCAUAAGAAUUGAGACUUACAUGAUGGACGUAUUUUUCAACAGCACUCAAGCAGCGGCUAAACACCAAAGGCAACAUGUUUUCAUUUUUAUUUUGAGUAUAAAGCUGCUGCUAAGGUGUCUUUUGCUUGCUUAAAUGUUUGAAUAGGGUUCCUGUAAUGCGAAGGUAACCCAAAAACAUUUCGGCCAUUGUGGCCGUAUUUCGAUGAGGACGAAAUGCGAAAACACCCGUGUACUUAGAUUUAGGUGCACGUUAAACAACCCCAAGUGGUCGAAAUUUCCGGAGUCCUCCACUACGGCGUGCCUCAUAAUCAGAAAGUGGUUUUGGCACGUAAAACCCCAUAAUUUUUAACCCAAAAACAUUUCAUUGGUGGGAAAAAAAUGUUUCGAAAUCAUGUUGUGUUUCGUGUGUGUAAUUUUCAUCACCGUUUGUUGUGUUUUCUGCUAAAAAGUCACCAUUGCAUUGCACGAAAAUGUCCAUCUGUACAUUAAAGACACAGUAAGGGCAUGAAAUUGUAAGAGAUACUGUCAAAAGCACUACACGACCUUUCCAAAACACCGACUGUUUGAUUAAGGCAGCCACCAUCGAAAACCAUACUUCUGAAGUGAAAAGCUUGGAGAUGGCGUCGGCACAAUGCAUGCUAUGUACGUCUAGUCAUUUCCGGAAACACACUGGUAUUUCAAGAAAUGGAGAAACAAAGGCGAGCACGAGCUUUGUCUUCUAGAUUUUAUUGCAAUGAAAAAGCAAAUUGUGAAUAAAUCCAGUGAGUUUCAAUACCAUGUUCGGUUUUAGGUGUAUGUUUCAAACACAUGCCGACACGUCUUAGGGCUGGUCACGAGGCAACAGUAACACUGCAUUUGAUCAUACCACCAUUGACUUAUCUGUAGCAUGUGACGGCCCAUAAUCCCUCUGUCAAUUUCAUGCCUCUAUGACUUGCACCUCAUUAUGCUGUCUUUUGAGCAAGCAGCAGCAGGUUUGUUUUAAGUUAUUCACUUGCACACCAAAGCUGUCUUUGUCGCAUGUGUACAAUCUAUGUCUCUGAAGUAAGGAAAUGGAAUUCUUGUUUUUUAUUGUGCCAAAAUUGUAUUUGAUGUGUGACGCAGACAUUCUUUUUCCAUUGUAAAACAUUGCUGCCACCAAAUACAAUCUGGUCUUGCCACCGCUUCCAGAUUUGUUCUAAUUACAUUUGUGCAAAAAUAGAUCAUGUGAUGUUCAAUGGGAACGAGUGCUUUGAGAAAAUGCCUCACAGAGCCAUUUGUGAGACAAGUGCCUUGGGAACGUGCGAGAGAAAUCCACAGAACGUGUAUUUUUGUAAGCGGAGAAGACAUGCCAGAUAUGCCCAGGCACAGCGUGUCCAACUUUACCAAAGGAUUAAAGGAAGCGAAUGGGUCUCCAAAUGGAGUUAGCGUGACACAGCAGAUCCAAACAAAAUAUUCCUUGUCUAGCAAGGUGCCUCAAAUGAAUCAAGAGCAGCACUCGUUUCGUAAGCCACCUUAUUCAUCUGUAAGUCACCAUGCCUUUGUAAUAUUCAAUUUGUGCAAGAAAAUUGUUCUGCAAAUCCUCGCGGUGAAGUCAAUUGCUGACACGGUGCACUAUGCAGCGGGCAUGAUUAACCACCGAGUCUCCCGCAGUGCGCACUUUAAAUCAAACACAAGCAAGCCACCAUUGAUGCAAUCUAUAGUUAUUUUACAAAGGCACCACAAGCAUUCAAGUUUCGAAAUGUUCGUAUACAUGAAUAACGUGGCCUACACAGUUCAUGCUUUUAGCCUUCUGGACGCCCAUGUCAAAAGUUCUGAGUCCACAGAUGUCAGAUAUAGAAGAGAUCUGCGCAUCAUGCGUGUGUUAUUUAGAUGUAUUGCAGCGAAUAUUACUUUUCGUAGUCUCUAUGGUUUGCAAUAAAAAUGUUGUCACAGAA